GAAAAAUUAUUAUUUGUUUAUUUAAUAGCAGACGUAUUUUUGAAAUAGUUAAUUUACAUCACUAUGAAAUUUAGAAGUCUGUUGCAUUCAAAAAUAUGCUGCACGCGCCAAAAUUAUUGUUUUUCUUGUGUUCCCGAGCAUGAGAUUACUAAAUCAGAAGAUAUUGCAAUACUUCAAAAUUUUGUUGACAAAUUUUCGAAUUUUCUAGUACUCACUGGAGCUGGAAUCUCUACCGAGAGUGGGCUGCCUGAUUAUAGAUCAAAGGGUGUUGGCUUAUAUGAUCGAAGUUCUACUCGACCUGUUCAAUAUAAAGAUUUUAUAUCCAGUGCACAAGUUAGAAAACGAUACUGGUCAAGAAAUUUUGCUGCGUGGUCAAGGUUUUCAUCUACGCAACCUAACGAAACCCACAUUUGUUUAGCCAAAUGGGAAAAAGUAGGUUUAAUUAAUUGGUUAGUGACGCAGAAUGUUGAUCGAUUGCAUCAUAAAGCUGGAUCAGAACGUGUUACAGAAUUGCAUGGCACCUCUUAUAUUGUAAAAUGUCUGAAUUGUCGCACUUCUUUUUCUAGAUUUCAAUUUCAAGAACAACUUUCAGAACUCAAUCCACAUUUUACGAUUAGAGCUACAGAAAUGAGACCGGAUGCUGAUAUAGAGAUUGAUCCUUCACUGGCGGGUAAAUUUAAUAUUCCAGAUUGUAGAAACUGUGGUGGAAUUUUGAAACCAGAUGUUGUGUUUUUUGGAGAAACUGUCCCAAAAGAGAAAGUUUUCCUAGUAUAUGAUAAAGUAUCUGAAUCAGAUGCUGUUCUUGUGUUGGGUUCAUCUCUAGAAGUUUACUCGGGAUACAGAUUCAUAUUAGCAGCUUCUGAGCAGAAGAAAUGUAUUGGCAUUGUAAACAUUGGUCCAACUCGAGCUGACCAUCUCGCAAGUUUUAAACUAAAUGUGCGAUGUGGAGAUAUUUUACCCAAAAUACAAGUGCCAUUUAGUGAGAAUACAAGCUUAUGAUACUAUGAACUUACCUGUGAAACUGAUCCAUAUUUUACAGGUCAUAAAUAAACUUCCCUAUGCUAGAGCAGAAUGUUACUUCUUUAAUGCAAGUGUGAUGCUUUUCACAGAUGAUCAAAGUCCUUUUGGGCCAUCUUAGACAGAAUUCGUUUUACAUGUAAUUUAUUUAUAUUUGUUUAAAUAUAUAAUUUACAUAAAUACCUUUUGGCUGUGUGCUAGCUGACAUCGAUCAGCUAGAAAUAUGUAGUAAACUGUGACUCUGUACAAAUUCAUAAGUUCUAGAAUUUCUCAAAAAUGUUUCAGAACUGUUUGCAAAAAAAAUUAAACCUUCAUAUCUCAAAUGUGUAUAUGCUAUUGAUAACUUUUGUAAUGUCAUGAGUAUCAUUACUUAAAAGUGAUCAAAAUUUAUCGAAUUGAAAUUGGUUUCGUUUUGAAUUUUAGAAGCAUUUAUGAAAUUUUUAUUACAAGAGAUACUAAAUAAAAGAAUAAAAGAGAAAGCACCAUAAUGUAAUACAGGGAAGAAGGAAUACUAAUAAAAUACUACAGUAUAACAUAUAUUAGUAUCUUUUAUUACCAAAAAUAGUUUUGUUUAAAGUUGUAGUGAAGAAAAAAUUGAAAGGAGUGCACAACUGCAUGUAAAAUAAACUGUUUUGAAAGUUUCAGUAUUUUCAAACUGGGUGGAGAGAUAUCAUGUAUUUUUUUAUUUUUAAUAAAGCAUGAAAACAGAACCAGUC